GGUGACGCAGAGGGUGUUGAACAGCAGCAUGCACCCAUCAGGGUGCAAGGGAGGAAGUUGCUGAUGGCCGGUCUCCCAGUGCUGUCUCCAGCUGCAGGCAGCUCGUUCACACGGUUGGGAAAUGCAGCAGCACAGGAGUGCAUUGCAUGCACUGGAGAUGCUGCUGUGCCUCGUGCUGGGGGCGGCAGGCAGCGGGCAAGGGACCGGAGAGUGCAGGGACAAAGCUGUGCUCGCAGGUACCGAUCUGAAGCUGCUGCUGGAGGAACCACUGCCAACAGAGCGGUCAUUAAUUACAUGGAAAGUGGAACUGGAUGCAGAAUUUGGGACAAAAUCCUGGAAGCGCAUCCUUACGGCUUGGAAGGACAAUGUCAAUUCUGCAAACAUUUCUCUUGCACAGAGAGCCACCUCCCACUGGGAGCCCCCUUCUCUGCAGAUCAGUGCAGUCACCCAGGCUGACAGUGCCAUCUAUUUGGCAGAGAUUGAGAACUCAACUGGCUCCGUUUGGACCAAGUGCUUCCAUGUGUCAGUGUGGGAGCCUGUGGGCAGCCCACGCCUGGAGACACACGUGCUGCAGCAGGAGCAGGGACGGUGUCACCUCCAUCUGUCCUGCACUGUGCCCAGGGCCAGCAAUGUGUCCUACAGCUGGACCCGUGAUGAGGAGCCACUGGGUAACCAGAGUGUGCUAGAAGUGCCUAUGGAUGUUCAGCCUGGGCUUUAUGUCUGCAAUGUGAGCAAUCCAGCCGACUGGAGCACAGCCAGCAUUGAUACAGCCACAGCUUGCACUCAGACAGGGCUGUUUGCUGCCAUCCAGUGGUGGGCAUGGACCUUGGUGCUGGUGCUGGCUGUCUGCAUUGCUAUCUCCAUCUGGCUCUGUAGAAGGAGGAGGAAGGACAGCCCUACAGUUCCUCCAGAACACGCUGAGCCAUCUCUGACUGUCUAUGAGGAGGUGGGCAAAGCCCAAACCGGUCAAGAGCCUAACUCAAACAGUGAGGUUCACAUAGUAGGAAAUACUGUCUAUGCCGUGGUCCAGCCCAAAGAACAGAGGCCCAGAAGCUCUCAGAAGCCUGAAAGCUGCACCAUUUACUCCGCUGUUCAGCAUAGGAUGAAGUCUCCCUCCUUCAAGAGGAAGAAGUUGGACCCAGCUCUGGUUUCCACUGCCUACAUGGAGGUCACAGAACCUUUGAGACGCUGUAACCCCCCAUCACAGAGCUCAUAUCCAUCUCCCACGAACCACUACACCUCCUGACCCCCGCAGGCACUCGGAGCCCCCUCACCCGGAGCCCGGGGGCUCACUGGGAAUAGGAGCAUUCGGAUUUAGGUCUUGCAAAGACCACAAGCACCCCCAAUGCUGACUGCAAAGGGGGGGGGCUCAGCCUUGCGCCCAAUGGUCCUUCCUUCCCCCGACGUCCUCCGACGAUACAGAAGGCUCCUGGAGGAGGGGAAGGGGGGGAGGGAGAGAAAGGGGACUCUGGCUUCAAAAAUCGCACCAAAGGCGAGAUCAAGGCUUUUAUUUGGGAUUAAAAUUAAACGUGUCUCUUUGAUGGGAGCUCUCUCCCGA